GCGGAGCGAGCGUGGUCCGCCCGCGGUCUCUCUUUAGCUGAGCCGUCGAAGAGCUUUCGCUACUAGGCGUUGCCUCGUCAUGAAGCAUUUUAUUAAUUCGGACAUCUGAGGGGGUCGUAGAGCCUCAUCUGCCACCUCAUAGAUGCCUCGUUCCGUUGCAUGGAGGAGCAAAAUGUUGAUGAGAUAUCGGAUUGCUAGUGACUGAGAAGAACAAGGGUCCAGCCUUCAAGAUGAGAACCAACAAGGUCUACAAGCUUGUCAUACACAAGAAGGGCUUUGGAAGCAGCGAUGACGAACUGGUGGUGAAUCCCAAAGUGUUUCUGCAGAUCAAGCUGGGAGAUAUUGUGGAAAUUGCACACCCCAAUGAUGAGUACAGUCCUCUGCUUCUGCAAGUGAAGUCACUGAAGGAAGAUUUACAGAAGGAAACCAUAAGCGUCGAUCAGACAGUGGCCCAGGUGUUCCGACUGCGACCCUACCAGGACGUCCACGUGAACGUUGUUGACCCAAAGGAGGUUACCCUUGAUUUAGUGGAGCUGACAUUCAAGGACCAGUACAUCGGGCGAGGGGACAUGUGGCGGCUGAAGAAGAGCUUGGUUGGCACAUGUGCUUAUAUCACACAAAAAGUAGAAUUUGCAGGUAUCCGGGCUCAGGCUGGCGAACUGUGGGUUAAAAGUGAGAAGGUCACAUGUGGCUACAUCAGCGAGGACACCCGGGUGGUGUUCCGCUCAACGUCUGCCAUGGUUUAUAUCUUCAUUCAGAUGAGCUGUGAAAUGUGGGAUUUUGACAUCUACGGGGACCUUUACUUUGAGAAGGCUGUCAAUGGCUUCCUUGCUGAUCUUUUCACCAAGUGGAAGGAGAAGAACUGCAGCCAUGAAGUGACUGUAAUCCUCUUUUCCAGAACGUUCUAUGAUGCAACGUCCCCCAGUAAGUACCUGCAACAAAUGCUCCUCUUCCUACCUGCCCCUGCCCUUUGCCUCGCGCCCUGGAUGGUUAUAGCCUACAGCUGUUGA